CGAGAUGGGUCAAACCCGCCACCUCGGUGGCCCUAUAAGAGGGCUUCUAGCCCUCUAAGGAAAAGGGGGGAGGCCAAUUCUAGGCUAUCUCUCGGCCCUCUCUCUCUAAGCUCUUUCUCUCUUCCCUCUCUCUAUAUUUUACGCAGAAGAGCAGAUGAAUAAAAAGGGAAUUUGAGCUAUUUUCUCGUGUUCUUCCUCUUUUUCAUACAUAUAUUUUAUGUAUUUAGUACAUACAACCGACAUCCGGGAGAAUUAGUACUAUCAAAUGGCGCCGUCCGUGGGGACCGUGGCAAAAGGCUACGUUCCUAUCAUCAACCAAAGAGCUACAAAAAUUCUGGAAGUUGAGAGAAAAUCUAGGAAUCUAGGAAUUCAGAAGCAAACACCAAGUUCUGGAGUUGAAGGUGGUUCGAACCCAGGCGCUCGGAUUACCAGACGAGCGCCCCGACCACUCCGCCAUUCUCUCUGUUCUUGCCAUUUGGAAGAUUCACUAGAACUCAUAUUUGUCCUUUAGCUUCCAGAUUCCUCUCAACAUGCAGCCUGAGUUGUCAUCUUCAUUCAGCUGCAUCAUCGACUUUCUUACAGGCUGUUCCGCCGUAGACAAGCGUUCGGCGAGCAAUUUGUUUUUUCUUUUAUUUUGUAAUAGAUGUAUAUAGGUUUUAUCAUCUGUAAUUGCAUCCAAUGUAAACACCCAGUUCAGCAUCUGUAUCAGAUGCGAACUCGGCAUCAUCUUCAUCAUAAUUCGCGACUUCAGUUUCGGACCCCUCCCUGAACGCUCUCUGACUGGAAUUCCGGCGUACUGAUCGCCGUCGAAUGAAGUGGAGGGCGUGUUGGUAGAAGGUAGUUCCGGCUUGAAGGAAAUGCAGCGAAUGCAUGCAACCACCGUGGCCGUCACCUCCAUUUCCGGCUAUGCUCAUCAAUCUGCUUUUACCAUUUCUCCAUCCUUCGCCGGAAAUCGGUGCAAAAUGUCUAAAGCCCGAAAAUUUGAAAAAUAAAAGUCCAGCUUAUUGAAGAAGAGGAAAUGAAGCAUAGUUCCUGCCCGUGCUCCGAUGCCGACAACCAGGUGACGCUGAUACAACCGCUCGCCGCCGUCCGCGGCCCAUGCAAGAGGUUCAGCCGCGUCAUCAGCCGUGCAGAGCCGGAGUCAAGCUCCUCUCUUCUCACCGCCGCGUCACUCAGCUGCCAUCAUCGACGAAACCUCCCUCUCCCGCCACAUCAAAGAGCGUGGCACCACCACCAUGCUUCAUCACUGCUUCUGGAAGUAUCAUACACGCCGUCCACCAACGCAAGCCACCGGCAGAAAGGCGAGAAAACGACGGGUACUGCAGGAGGAUCGCAAGGAGUGGUGAUUCGCGUAGAGUUCCCGAUCAGCGUAAAAGUCCUUGAUCUUAGCAUAGAUUUCCCGAGCACCAUUAAGAAACAUUGUCGAGCGCAAAUCCGUUCCGGCCGUUUACAGGUCAGCAGGGGAAAUAUUAGUGAAUCAAGGAGUAGGCUGAUUGGCAUCCGCGUGUCAAGGUCUUUCCCGAUCGCCCCGCUCGCGUCUUUCGCCGAACCGAUCGCCGUAAUUUCUCCCGACCGCCGUGUCUACCCCGGAGCAGGCUGAUCGAGAUCCGGCGUCACGAUCUCUCCCGACCGCCCCCGUUCGCGUCUAUCGUCGAGCGAUCCGUGCCCCGAGCGGAUAGUAAGCAAAUUCCAGAUUGUCGCUAAGACUCCGCUCCAUUCGCAUCCCAACUUUAAUUUUAUAAUGUAAUUUUCAACUUAUAAAAUUUGUUUAGGUUGAAUCUUAAU